AUGUGGCACUCUGAGGGCAAAGUUUUCGUGGUUGCUGAGAUCGGACAAAACCAUCAAGGUUCCGUGGACGUUGCUAAGCGUAUGAUACAAACGGCAAAGGACUGCGGAGCCGAUUGUGUAAAGUUCCAGCGCUCGACUUUGGCGGAAAAAUUCACUGGGGCGGCUCUGGCCCGAUCGUACGGCGGCCCGCAUUCGUGGGGCCAAACGUAUGGGCAGCACAAAGCAUUCCUGGAGUUUACGCUCGAUCAGUACCGCGAGUUGCAACGGUUUGCCAGCGAAGCCGGUGUGCUGUUUACGGCUUCCGCGAUGGAUAUGGUUUCGUUCCGGGAGCUUGAGGAACAGCUGAGGGUUCCGUUUAUUAAAAUCGGUUCCGGUGAUGCCGACAAUGUGCCCCUUCUUCGCUAUGCGGCUACCCGAACCCGGGUGCCGUUGGUCGUUUCGACCGGAAUGCAGAGUUGGGAGCAAAUUCAACGGAUUGGUAACAUUUUUCGAGGCAGAAACAACGUGGCCCUAUUGCACUGUAUUUCGGCGUAUCCAACACCACCGGAGGACACGAUGUUGCGCUUGAUUCCCCUGUACCGCGAUCGCUUUCCGCACCUAACGGUCGGUUACUCGGGACAUGAGCUGGGCGUGCAGCUCACCGUUGCAAGCGUGGCGUUAGGUGCGAGGAUUAUCGAGCGCCACUUUACCCUGGACAAAACGUGGAAAGGCACCGACCAUCGGGCAUCGCUAGACCCGCCCGAAUUCACGCGCAUGGUACAGUACAUUCGGACGAUCGAAGGUAAUCCGUUGAAGGACACGGAUUGUGUUGAAGAGCUGUUGGCCAACGUAUUGGAUUCCAGCGAUUACGAUGGGACCGAGUUGCACAGUGCGCUCAAAAAGAUGCACGUAGAGUACCGAAAGAUGUUGCAAUCGGAAAGACCUUGCCAUAACAAGUUAGGUAAAUCGUUGGUUUACGCCAAACAUUACCUCGCCGGUCACACGCUCCGCGAGCAAGAUGUAGCUGUGAAGGUCAGUGAACCCCAGGGCUUGUCACCGUGGUGCUACGAUUCCGUUGUGGAGCGAACGUUACGACGAACCGUCGCAUUGGACGAUCCCGUCCUCGAGCGGCAUUUUUCAAUGCAACCCUAA